AGAGAGCUGCCCAGCCCCGCGUCCUGCCAACCACAAAUGGAAAGCGUUGCAGGGGAGGUGGCACGUGUGUGUUGGAAUUCACCGGAGAGUCAGAGGAUUUCUAAAAUCCUUGGUUAAGAGCUGGAUAUAUACUGUGGCUGGGGAGGCGAGAAGGACCCUCUAGGAGCAUCUAGAAACCUCAGUGUACCCACAGUGGAAGGGAGAAAGGGGACCAGAUGCGCCUUCCCUGAUGGGAAACAGCUCUGCACACACAGCUGACAGGUGGCCUUGGAUUGGUAAGCAGGUUAGGGAGAAACCUAACCUCUGCUCCACCUGUAGCGGAGCCCUGGCUGGGCUCUGGGUGUGGCCGAGCUGGUGACACCAGCCACACUGGGUGGUAUCCUGUCUUCCACCCCUCGGGGCUGAGUAGGCGGGACGCAGGCGAGGGGCAGUGAGGUGACCGCCAGGGACGGGUGGGUUCAGGUGUCCCACAGUGUGGUGUGACCUGGUUAUUGAUAAAAACAUUGGAUUCAAAAGAAAGGAAGAGAUGAGCUAUAUCUGACCACGUGUGCACUUUUCUAAAUGUAUAUACUUCAUUUAAAAGUUUAGUUGGAACAAAAGAAAGGAAGGGAAAGAAACUCCUGAGUUAAAUAUGCUAAUAUUUAUAAAGUGCUUAGAAUAGUCCCGGGUACAUGGUGACCAUGUGAACAUUGGUUAGAUAAAUAAAAAUGUCUGAAUGGCAUAUGAAGAGGGGCAAUAAUUCCCAGGGCAAACCCGGCCUAGACCAUGACCCAGGAGGCGAGAGGUCACUCCCAUUGGUAGGUAGAAGGUAGUCCUUCUACCUACAUAUGUGCUUUCAAUCUAUGGGAUUGAUAAGCAAUUUUAGUUUAGGGGGUCAGGCUUUCCUUAAAAGGUUGUUGUGAGGAUUAAAUGUGAAAUAAUAAUUAAUAAUAAUAAUAAUAGUGACAAUUUACUGGGUACUGAUCCUUUAUUCUUUUCCAGACGCUAUGCUAAUUGCUUCACACACUCUUUUAAUCAACACCAUAACCCUUUAAAAUGGCCAUUCUCAGUCCUGUUUCCAGAUGAGAAAACUGAAGCACCCCAAACUUCAGCUAACUGCCCAAAGCCACAACCCUGAGUAAGCAGGGUAAUCGGGUUCAUCUAAGCCCAGUGGCAACGUGCCUAACCAUUGGACCACACCACCCCUCACAGAGUGUGUCAUGCGCACUGAGCGAAAACUUUACAAGGAGUCUUCUUUUUAAUCUAAGGAUUUUUGAAAGCCCAUUGUUGGAAGAUUUUUUUCAAAUUAUUUUUACCUGAAGAAUGUACAAUUGGCUACAAUAAGCAGCUACUUUCAUAUAGUAAAAUAAGUAGCAUGGGAGUAUUUGACUCGUUCAGAGCGAUGAUGUUUUGUGACACAAACGCUGGCAGGUGUAGGUGUCUUGUGUACGACCUGCUGCAUUAGCCGGCAGACGUUUAAUACCCACCUUCCGGCUCCGGGUUCCUGCCUCAAGGCUGGACCCCCAGAGCGUCUUGUUGGGGCGCGCCUGUCGUGCGCCCGGAAGGGCUAUCCUCUCUCCCCGUGACGCUGGGCGGACCCCGUUCAGGCGGCUGUGAAUCAGCUGAUUUCCCUGGCUGCGCUUCCCCCACCUCAAAUGGCCAACUCCCCACCCUGUGGCCGGGGACGCGAGCCGAGGCCGGGCGCCAAGCCAGGCAAACUCGCCUGGAGCGUUCCGGGUUGUGGUCUGGAUUUCCCCAGCGACCCCAGGGCGCGCUGUCCUGCAGUGGGCAGGCCUCUCCCUCCUCCCCCAACCCUCACCCGAGCAGACCCGCUAGAUCGGUCCCGGGAAUCCGAGGCACCCGGCGCUGAUCGCGCAGGCGGGCUUGGCGCGGGUGCGACCCGCUAGGACUGUAGGGCAGGCCAGGGACGCCAGGACCCGAGGGAAGGGAGGUCUGCCAGCGCUUAAGUGCCAUCUCCCCCUACCCGUGGCAGGGGCAUCCAGGCUGGCUCUCCCCGCGGGCGCGGUCCGACUGCGUACGCCCCAGAGCCCCGCGCUGGUCACCCACGGAGGCGACCUCUGGCGGGCUUUCCCACGUGGGCAGAAGGGCCAGUAUAUCGGUCAACUCUUGGUCUCCGUGACCUCCGCGGAGCCAGGGAAGCGGUGGUGAGAAAGCUCGCUGCCUCCUAGUUUCGAGGACAAGCCACCGCUGUUUUGGAGUCAUCGACUUUCUCCUGGGGCGCAGUGAAGGCCGAGGAACUGGCUCCUGCCCUGCCUCCCUCCUCACUGCCCUCUCCCCUCCCCGGGUCCCGCCCCCCUGCACACGCUGACCCGGGGACACACCCUACUGCAGCGACGCAGACAGGGCGUUGUUCCCGUUAAAGGGGAACGCCGGGAUCCUCCCUCCGGCCCCUAGCUCGGCGCACGCAGCCCCGCAGAGCAGCUGUCUUUCCGGACGCCAGCCGCCGAGCGGACGCACGCGGUCUGUGCCCGAGGCCACUCUGAGGAUCUCCGAGGAUCGGGGACAGCUAUCCCUUUGGGCUGCAGAGACUCCGCUGAGCAGAACUCGCCGCCAGAAUGCUUCUCCUGCUGCUGGGUAUCAUCGUCCUCCACGUCGCGGUGCUUGUGCUGCUGUUCGUCUCCACGAUCGUCAGCCAAUGGAUGGUGGGCAAUGGACACGCGACCGACCUCUGGCAAAACUGUAGCACCUCUUCACUGGGCAACGUCCAACACUGUUUCACAUCGUCAGCAAACGAAUGGCUGCAGUCUGUCCAGGCCACCAUGAUCCUGUCCAUCAUCUUCAGCGUUCUGUCCCUGUUCCUGUUCUUCUGCCAGCUCUUCACCCUCACCAAGGGGGGCCGGUUUUACAUCACGGGAGUCUUCCAGAUCCUUGCUGGUCUGUGUGUGAUGAGCGCGGCAUCCAUCUACACGGUCAGGCACCCGGAAUGGCAUCUCAACUCGGAGAACUCCUACGGCUUUGCCUACAUCCUGGCUUGGGUGGCCUUCCCACUGGCCCUCCUCAGCGGCGUCAUCUAUGUGAUCUUGCGGAAACGUGAAUGAGGCACCGGGACAGGACGUCCGAGGGUCUGAGCGCACGCAGGGAGGGAGGAAGUAAACCAGAAGCCAGGAAAAAAAAGGAGCUAGCCAAAAAACCCAAACUCAAACCAAACCAAACAGAGAGCAGGUGCGGGGGGUGGUUAGUGUUGAUUGAAGAUGUAUAUAAUAUCGACGGUUUAUAAAACCUAUUUAUAACACUUUUUACAUAUAUGUACAUAGUAUUGUUUGCUUUAUGUGUUGACCGUCAGCCUUGGGUUGAACCUUAAAGUAGCUAAGGAACUUGACAUCCUAACCGUAUAAUCAAGCUCAGUUUUUUUGUUUGUUUGUUUUUGUUUGUUUUGCCCAGAAAUAAAAUAAGUCCAUCUUGCCCCUUCCCUUUCAUCUGAAAGAAGAUGCCUCCCUCCCACUCCACCUCAUUUAGAAAACCAAAGUGUGGACAGAAACCCCAAAUGGCCCAAAGCCCUUUUACUGUGGGUGACCCAGUGCGUCACACACAGACAUGCACUGCCCACGCCUCUGUGUGCAGCCUUACCUGCACUCGGACAGAACCCCCAAACUGGAGCCCUCGGAGAAUCACGACUUGUGGCUUUGGAAUACUUGCCCUUGAAGGGGGGUGUCCCGGUCACGCAUCUAGGUGAGAAAUUGGUGACAACAAACCUAAGAAGUGGUGCUAUGUAUUUACCAUUCCUUGUGAUCACUAAUCGUCUAAACGCCUCACUGGAAAUUCAAUUAACCAUUUUACAGCAUGAAGUCGAACGGAGACCUGAAUAAUUCUGUGUAAGAUAAAUGGUUUAUAACCACAUUUGUACCUAGCUAGGCUGCUGUUAUUACUAUAAUGAAUAACAAACCACCGCCUUUAUCACUCCCACGUUUUCCUUAUGGUCGGAGCAUCAGGACAAGCUUCUAGACCCCCUGGGACAGUGGUUCCUGGGAUGCAGCACGGUCUAGACUGUCCUCUGACUCCAAGGACUGUCUGGCAAUGACUCGUACUGGCCACCAACUGUAGAUGUAUAUACGGUGCCCUUCUGAUGCUAAGACUCCAGACCUUUUUUUUUUUUUAUAUAUUUUCUGCUUAGCUUUUUCUGAUUUUAUACCAACUGUGUGGACUAAGAUGCGUUCAAAUAAACA